UUCCAGAGAUUUCUCGUAACUGUCCAUUAUUUUUAAUGACUUUAUGUAACGUAAAUAAUAUAUCCUGGUCUUCUUUGCAGCCUUAUGCCAAGUUCGUCUCAAGGUUGAGGACACAGCUCAGGAUGGCCGCAGCUUCGACAGAUUCGGGGCAGGGCUCCACUAAAAUAACUCCUGAAGUGCUGCAGGAGACGCUCCAGUACUACAACCUGAGCCGCCAGGAGUUUAUCAACACCUACAACAUCCAGCCGCUCGUCUACAUCCCCGAGUUACCGUACAGCGCCAAAACCACCUUCGUGAUCAUGUAUGUGGUUAUUUUCGUCCUGGCUCUGGCUGGAAAUAGUUUGGUCAUCUACAUAAUUGUGAAGAAACGGACGAUACAGACGGCGACAGAUAUUUUUAUUUGCUCUCUGGCGGUCAGCGACCUGCUCAUCACUUUCUUCUGCAUACCGUUUACUUUGCUGCAGAACAUCUCCUCUGAAUGGUUCGGCGGGGUUCUGGUUUGCAAGACUGUUCCAUUUGUACAGACUACAGCCAUAGUGACAGGCAUCCUAACAAUGACCUGCAUUGCCAUUGAGAGAUACCAGGGCAUUGUAUUCCCACUGAAAAUGAGGAGGCAGUACUCGUCCAGAAGAGCAUACAAGAUGCUAGGACUUGUAUGGAUUGCCUCGGUGAUAGUGGGAUCACCGAUGCUGUUUGUGCAACAGUUAAAGGUGAAGUACGACUUCUUGUACGAUCACUACCAUGUGUGUUGUCAGGAGAGCUGGAGCUCGGUGACUCACAGGCAGGCGUACACCACCUUCAUCAUGGUGGCCCUUUUCCUGCUCCCUUUGGCAGCCAUGCUAUUCCUCUACACACGCAUUGGCAUAGAGUUGUGGAUCCGCAAGAGGGUGGGUGAUGCCUCAGUCCUCAACACCAUGAACCACAGGGAGAUCAGUAAGAUAUCAAGGAAAAAGAAAAGGGCUGUGAAAAUGAUGAUCACCAUUGUUCUUCUAUUCACAAUUUGCUGGGCACCCUUCCACACAGUCCACAUGCUGUUUGAAUACUAUGACCUGGAGAAGAAAUACGACGGAGUCACGCUCAACAUGAUCAUCGCCAUUGUUCAGGCCAUCGGGUUCUUCAACAGCUUCAACAAUCCCAUCGUCUACGCCUUCAUGAACGAGAACUUCAAGAAGAGUUGCUUUUCCACCCUCUCCCACUGCAUUCGAAAGCCUACCCAGCAGAGUGGCGCUGUGGUGGCGCCUAGACUGAGUGUGCAGUUCAUCAAACCCCAAAGUAGAGAAGCCUUCCUGGAGCCAGACGAAGGCAAUAGCCUGGAGCCGCACUCAGCAGAGAAGGGCCCUUCGACGUCAUCACACGGAGAGAGCUCCCUGGAAAUAAUGGGAGAGAAAAUCUCCACCAUUCAAACGGAGCUCCCUGCAAACAGCUCCUCUCAAGUAAAAUGAGAACUGUCCCGGAUCUCAGGUGUUUUAACUGCUUACCUUGGAUUGCCACGCUUGCUGUCAAUUACUUUCACUUGAGGCCAGCAGCUGCAAGGACAUCAAAUGUGAUUUCAAGUUUCACUGAAGUGGCUGAAAGAUGCAAAAGUCCAACAGCUUGAUAACCUAUCUCUGCAGAGCAAAGAGUUAGGGAAUGUAUUCCCAUGCUGGUCAGGAGCGCAGAAGAAAGAUUGUUAACGAAUAUCACAGACACUUUAACUAUAAACUAUGAGUAGGGUGGUCAGACCCUCCUGAGAAAUCAUUUCCACUUGUCUCUGAAAUCUGGAGGACAUUCAGCAGUUCUUCAUGAAAGCAUAAUGAUGCAUGAGUGUUCAAUGUCACCCCAAAUGACCUGAAAUUGUAUUAAGGCACAGCAGGAACUGUUUGGAAAUGAAAAUCUAGAGGACUUUGCAGAGCUAUGCUUUUAGAAGAGAUGCCUAAUCUUUCACCGACAGCUAAAUUCACAUUAAGUUGGCAUUUGCAUUCAAGUCAGCAAAAACAACUCGUUUCAGGUUAAUUCAGUUGCAAACCUUUAAGAUCAGAGAUUAACCUCUUUCCAUGAGUCACCAUCCUUCAGAUACAAAUUUUUAUUAUAUCACAGAGCUCAUUGUGGACCAUUUAAUCAUAAGCUGAGCAGGUAAAAUCAUAAGAAAGUAAAUAUAGCCACUGUACAGUUUAAUAAGAUUAAAGCUCCCAAUACAUGAAGGGAUGAAUACUAAUUUUCAAACCUCUUAACACUGUCGGCUUUCUUAAUACGCUGCUUCGCAAAGUUGCUGCUGCAUACAAAAAUAAUCUUUAUCUCACAACAUUGAGUGCGUCAAUCAGAACACACAAACAUGGCAAACCCAACACAUGCACAACAUAUAAUGUCAGCAUUUGAAGUUGUACAUCCUUAUGUCUUAAUCACUGGAAAAAAUCUGCACAAUGUGUUAAACACCUUUGAACUACAAAAUACAGAUCUGCCCCUCUUUGUAGAAACCAGCAUCCUACAGGAACAAAGUCACAGAAACGCAGCAGGAAAGGGUUCAGUGGGCUUUGCUUUGAUGCUUUUACAGAAUGAAUCACCGUUUACACAACUGUUCUAACUGUGGAACAGUCAGACUGGGCUGUAUCCCCAGUUCAGUCUCUCACUGGCCAUUGUUUACACCAUGAUCCAUUAUAGUUGCCCUAAUCUAAAAGGUUCUCUCUUCUGUCGUCCACCACGUCUCCCUCUGUGAGCCGUUUUAAAUCUUCUACCUUAUCCAGCCACUACUACGGUAAACAGAAUUCUGCUUUUAGGAGUAUAGAUGAAAAUAUGAACAAUAGCACCUGAAUAAGCCUGCAAAGUGUAUUUUAACAAAACAUAUAGUCACAUUUAAAUUGCUAAAUGGCUGUCCAUAUGACAACAUCAAUGAAAAUUGAAAUGGAA